AAAUAGCCCUUCCCGGCUUGUUUGCUCACUGCACUCAUCCCCGGCAGUCAAUGUAUCCUCAGGCUGUAAGCCAAACAAGCUGAUCAGCCAGUCACCUCUGUACACACUACCCCCCACUAAGAGGCUAAUGGCCGGGAUGCAUAAUCCUUCUCAAAACAACUACAGAGAUGCUAAUUGUAUCCCGCUAUAAAUACGGGCCGGCCGCUUGUCCUCGUCCUUUAUUUGGCUCGCGGCCACCAGUUUGGGAACCCGCUUCCUCGAAACGUUUGACCAUCUACUGGGAAGGACUCAGCUACUUAAGCGAGGCGGGCCGGGUAGACGCGGCAAGAGUCGAUGAUCUCGCCAUCCUCUUAAAAAAAAAAAGAAAGAAGCAGGAACAAUCGGGCAGCAGAGCGCACGGGGCGUUACGCACCGUUGGACACUUGAUGCGCCCCGCGCACACCUCGCAGCUCCUUCGGUGACGCCGAGAUGUUCCCGCUGCCGAUGUUCACGCCGGAGCAGGUCGCUCGGGUGUGCGAGAACUUGGAGGAGACCGGGGACAUCGAGCGCCUCGGCCGGUUCCUCUGGUCGCUGCCGGCCGCCGUGCCCGGCACCGCGGGGGAGGCGCUCAACCGGCACGAGUCCGUGAUGCGCGCGAGGGCGCUGGUCGCCUUCCACGGCGGGAACUUCGAGGGUCUCUACCAGAUCCUGCAGAGCCACCGGUUCACGCGCGAGUCGCACGCCAAGCUCCAGGACCUGUGGCUGGACGCGCACUACCGGGAGGCGGAGAGGCUGCGCGGGCGGCCGCUGGGACCCGUGGAGAAGUACCGGAUCCGCAAGAAGUUCCCGCUGCCGCGCACCAUCUGGGACGGCGAGCAGAAGACGCACUGCUUCAAGGAAAGGACUCGCAGCCUGUUGAGAGAGUGGUACCUCCAGGACCCGUACCCAAACCCCUCCCGGAAGCGCCACCUGGCCCAGGCCACGGGGCUCACCCCCACGCAGGUCGGCAACUGGUUCAAGAACCGCCGCCAAAGAGACCGCGCGGCGUCCGCGAAGAACAGAAUGCAGCAGGACCCGUCCCGCAUGCCCUCCGAGAGCUCGCCUGACGGCUCCCUGCAGGACCGCCGCCAUCACGGCCACCUGCUGCCUCCUUCGCCGCGUCACCCGGGCAGCCCGGAGGCCAGCGACUGCAGCGCGGACGAGCGCAGGGGAGCGGGAGCCUCCACCCCGGAGAUCUCCGUCAGCAGCGACAGCGAGUUCGAGUCUUGAAGGGCGCUUCGAGAACCCUCGUUCCCCGCGUCCUCAAGAGGCGGAGAGAGACACUUGGACUGUGGAAACGCUGAUGAAGAGGAGGAGGAGGAGGAGGAGGACGUUAGAUGUGGCUGUGUGGACAUUGUGAGGCGAUGAUAUGCAAAAAACAAGCACUUAAAACAACAAAAAAAGCACCAUGGCACAUAACUGUGGAAAUAAUUAGUUUACUGCUGAACAUGGUCUUUAGAUAAUGUGAGUAAUAAUACUUACAGUUUUGAUACAGGUCUCAAGUCUAUAUUUUUGGAUAGAUCUUUUUCUAAUAGUCAGUACGUAAGCUGCACAAGUCAUUUGUAUGGAAAUGGUAAAUGAACGAUGCCUUGGGUAGGCUUUUGAUGUCAGUCACUACAUUUACGUGGACAUUCAUUGUUUUGUAAUCUUCAGACUGGCAUGCAAAACAAUACAAUUUAAAAAACAUGAAAUCACAUAUCAUUAUUCAUUCAUUUUGUUGAAGUUGAAUCAAAUCACAACUACUGGCACUAUUAAAACAUUUGUCUAGGCAAACGAUUGUCAUUCAGAGUAUAAAUACGCAUGUUAAAAUUGGGCGAGAGACUAAUUAAUCACAUUUCACUGCCUUAAAAACAAACUUUAAGGGCAAAAACAAGGAAUGAGUUUAGAAAUACUUUUAUGUCACCAACGCUGCAACUGUGCUGCUUGAAAUACAAACCGUCUCGUUACCUGCUGCGUCUCACCUGCUCACUUAGAACACGUAGGUGUUCCUUGGUGUUUAAUCGCUCCUGAGCUGCUCCGACGAAUCCCUGCAGGAGCUGAAACAGAAACAGACGAGAACGUGAAGCACUAAUCGGUCUUAACUCAAUGUGCCUGAUACAUUUGAGAAAAGUGAGACCUAGUCG